UCAACCUUAACAUCAUCUUUCAAGUGUGCAAAAGUGACCAAACAUGAUUUGCCCUUAGGCCAAAAUGGAACCCAGUGGUUAUGCAUCCCGAAAUUCAAAUGACUCUGAUGAUGUCGAUGUUACUGAUGCUGUGAAGCAACUUUCCUUGCUGGACACGCCAGAAAGAAAUCUAUCCACUUCUGAUGAACGAGGAAUUCCCUCCACCCAAGAUGAAGUUACACCAAGCCGUUGGACCAAUAUAAUGGCGCAGGAUCGGAAAAGGGUGGUAGAUGUUACCGAUAUCUUUCGCUCGGCAUCUGCAGCCCUCCCUAUUGGAGUUUUAGUCAAGGAUGAAUCUUUUCCUCUUCAAGAAACGGUGGGGGCACUGGAGAUAAUGGACACCAAGAUGGAUAGUGGCGCCCUUGCUCCAGGAGAAGCUUUUGAGGACAUAUACAACGCUGCUGAUGAAUUAAGGCCGGAGGAGGUGCUGGGAGUAAUGGAUCAGCUUCUCCGUGUUGAGAUGGCAUGGCAUCAGGGAUACCCGUUGUCACAAACGAUCUUGACAUCACAUUACAUUGAUAAACUCCUUUCCAAGGAAACCCGGCAGCUUCAUGAGGUCAGGUUUUCGGCGGCACAUCCACUGGAUCUCCCGAUCCUCCUACAAGCCCUGAGGGCAUACUGCCUCGCUCUGAUCAAAUCCUGCGAUUUGGUACUGAAGGCAAUCAAACGGUCGCCGUAUUACGAGGAAGAGGAUUUUUCCACCCAACUAUACAAUCGGGACCUGCUAUCCCCAAUCGAUAGACAUGAUAUCAUAGAAGUCAUGGAUCGAGUGAUACAGGACCUUGGAAUUUUCGUCGCCCAUAGCUCAAAACAAGAAGUCGUGGAGGCAAUACUCGUCCGCGUUGGAUUCAGAAAGGAUCUUCUCAGUGCAAUGCCUCUCCACGAGGAUAUAGACACGUCCGAAUCGACGUGGAAAUGUGUUUGCGAAAGUACAUAUCGCCAUAGCUUGUUACAUUCGACAAGCAAGCCUGUGCCAGCAGCUUUUAGUAAGAAGAUACAACGGAAGCUGUACGGAACGGCACCACCGAGGCCGAUUGUCGAACUCGAUUUCGAAACGGCCAUGGAUGUGCUCGUCAAGAUCUGCAAUGAUUGCCAGGAAUCCACAAGGAUACAGACCUAUAGCAACUCCAAGGUGGAAGGCCUGAAAGCUUUCAUGUGGUCUUUCAGUUCGCGCAACCCUCCGCCUCUCCCGUUCUCACGGGCUUGUCUCUCGUCCAGACUCUUUGAGAAUGGAAAUUUCGAAAGCAUGCUCCGGCAAGACCUAACGAACUGGGUGUUCCCACUCGGCGACGCCCUAAAUCCGGUCGAUUCCAGUUCAAGCAGCCCGGCACGGUAUGAUGAUGCUCCUUACCGGAUCAAGGUCUCCCAGUGCAUCAGUCAAUUUACUCUAGCUGCAACGGCGGAGUCCAUGGGAUACCUCGAUAUGUUCCGAGCACUAUGUCAAAAUCGGUGCAGACUGCGGAGGCUGUUGCCCCACGUGCUGAGAGACCUAGAUGCUCUGGAAGAACGGUCAUUUUUCCUCGACAAUGUAUUGGCCGACCUCAUUCCUACCACGCUUCGGAACCUGCUUUCUACGUGGACCCUCUGCCAAAGACUUCAAGUCGCCCAAUGGGUGAUUCAACUUGGCUUCGAGCAAGACGUUUACCUACAACAUGAAUUGGCGGGCAUGUACUGGUUCUUAUCUCGUAUAUGCCGAAGCUACGUUGGAUUCCUGACCGAAAUCUCAAAGCACACUCUCAAGGUGCAGCAAAGUAGUGGUCUCCGGCCGGAGCAGCGAGAACAAUGUUCGGUGUCGUCGAAAUUCUUGGAGAGUCUGAUCCUGAGAACGCGCGCGACAGCUUUCGUUGCCGAAGGUCUACACGCUGUCUAUACACAUCUGACAUACCUUGGACUGAUACACGCCAUCGGACAUCCGUAUGGACAACCGAACUUGCUUUUCGAGCUGCGCAUGAGAUCCAUUCUGAAAGGGUCACUUCUGGCCCCUGAUUUCGACACGUUCAACAAAGCCACCCAUCCACUUGGCAGUUUCGAGAAACCAACACGUAACCCAUGCGACGCGACAGCGCAGAUUUGCCAGCAUGUAACGCGCGUAAUCAUGAACGCGAAGAAAGACUUUCAGCAGAUGAUAAGCGAGAAGCUUGGCGCGGAAGCAGCAUUUGCAGAUGAGGUCCAGGGGUGGUGGCAGGAAGAUGUUGAGAAACAGAUAGCGGCCUGCGAUGAUCUCCUGUUAUCUAUCAAUGUCAUGAGGGAGACCGUGGAUGGAAAGAGUCCGGAUGGUCUGAGCAUCUCCAUUCCAGACCCUGGAGCACGACGGCACGAGUGGUGGGUGGUCCCUAAUCUUACUGCGUAGCUUCGGUGGUACGGUCAUGAGGUGGUGUGUAUGCUGGAGAGAAAGUCGAAAACAGCUCGAUUGUAGUGAUCCUAGAAAUACCGGACUUCCCAAGCAGGAUGUUGUAUACCCCAUAGAGUCCCCAUGCGCUAGUGAUUCCAAGACGUUAAAGAUGGGUAUAUCCGCCGUUGU